UUCACCGGCUCCCAACCGCCAAACCAUGGCGUCUUCACAUGAUGUCCAUGUCGCGAAGACUUCAUGCCUGCUGUGUAGACAAUCACCAACGGCCGGGACAUACAUCCUGGACCUGGCUCGAACUCGCCUGGUGGUCCCUGAAUAUCGAUACCCGUGCGCCAGCUGCAAUCGAUCGCCGUCCCCAUCGGUGUGGUUUCAUCCAGCAUGCUAUGAAAUCCUAGAGGCUACGUACGAGCCGUCCGGGAAACCCACUAUGGAAGAGUUGGGGAAACUUGCGGCUGCCACGAGACCCAGGUAUGAGUCUCGCCAUGCCAAAGGAGGCGAGGUAGCGUCGGUCCUCGAAGGGCUCUUGAGCAAGUAUACGACACGCAUCCUCCAGGAGAGCUUCGACCAGGAUUUGCUUCGGCGAUUGCCGCUGGAAAUCCGAGUCAUGAUCGCCGAGCUGAUAGGACCCUGCUGGUACUUGACCGUCCUGGGCGAGAGCCGUCGGCUGAUUGAACACCUGAGGCAGCCCACGGACAGCCAGUGCAUGCAGCUCGACCUAACACGAGACAUCUGGAUAUCGAGAAUCAACUACCGGGGCAGUUUUUAUGUAGCACGCAUCAGCAACACGCCGUUGAAAUCAACGGUCCCUUCCGGUCAAUCUCACAUACAGCCGCCCAGUACAAUCUCCAAGGUUGUCCUGUCAAUUGAUGGUAUUGGUCUACGUGGCUUACAAGUCCUGGACCCUUACUCAAGUCCGACAUCGGAUCGGUCACCGUGGUUCGAAAUUCUCGAAGCGGGAAAAUCCCAGCUAAAAGCCCAGGUCACCUUUGAUGGCCUGUUUGUGAGAGGUAUUCGCCUGUCUGGAAAUGAUGUCUCUUCUGCUAUGAACUGGACCUCUCCUUGCCCGCCCAAAUUCAAUCCGUGGAAUUUCUAUGACGUGCAUAAGAACCAUCGAUUACACUACGUUGAGCUCCAUGCCCAAGUCCAAGGUCUUCUUGUGUGCUGUGCCAACGGUAGCACUGUCGGAAUCCACGGCUUCUCGGGUACGUCCAAACCUUUCAGGGAUUUCGUCGACUUUAUGCAUGGACGCAGGGCUACGAGUUACAAGCACUGGAUUUACUUCCCAUUGAAUGGACAGGAGGCCAUUACAGGGGCUUGGAUCCGGAAGAUUAAAGUCUGCCGUGGAUCGGCCUCCCACCCUGUCUUAGUCGUAAGUCCAACAUUUCUCGUUCGGUUUCGAUCACUCACCGGCCAGUUGCAAACCUCCCUAGGAAGAGCCGUCACAUUCGGACCCCAUUAUCCAGCCCGCAUUAUCGAUCAGUACGAGUACCAUCCUUUGCUUCAACAUGGUGAUGGACCCAUUUCGGGGAUAUUUCAUGAUGGACUAGAUCCAGUUUCCAAGUAUAUCUCAGAGUUUGGCGUUACCUGCAGUGACCUGGGCCAGGCCGAUAUCCGAGAACCGCCCCCUGUGGGCUCUCGCUUUGAGCCCCCGCCAAUUCCUCCUGGUCGAGGCUCCAUUAUCACCACCUGGUACAUGACAAAGGCCCCACUAAACGGUCUCGUAAGAGUGCAGGCCUGCAGGGACCAAGCACAACCACAUCGCCCGUACCUAGGCCUUCUGUUAUUCUACAAUGACCAGCAUGUCGAGUCCCUAGGACAAGUCCGCUGGGACCUUGAUAUGAACCAGGAGAUUCUGAGCCCGAUGUACGUUCGGAAAGGGAUCGUUGAUGGUCGGAAUUACGUCAAGGACAUCCAAAGCGACAGCCCACCCUCGGGACCAGAUUUAGAGUCAGGGGAGUGGCAAAGGCUACCGGGGCAGGGCACUCUUGUUUGGUGGUCUGGUCAUGUUGAGCCCUGA